AUGGCUCCCCCAAUGAUUGACCCCGCGCUCUUCGAUCAGCUCAAGGAGAACAUCGAGAAGGACGGCAGUAUUCGCAAAGACCUUGAGAAAAUCAUCGAGGAGCUCAACCAGCAUGUCUCUUAUACUCAGGGAGUGUUGACCAAGAUCCAUUCUACUCCUCGUUCAAAGUAUCCCGCACUGCUUGCUCAGGUCGAGGGUGGUAUCAAGAAAGAGCUGGAGACUACAACUCGUCUAUCCCAGUUUUCCUCGCAGUAUCCUUACUACAAGUACAACUACAAGUGGGGUCGCACGCUUCAGGAUGCCAUCGCGACCGUUCUACUUUGCGCCUGGUUGGGUGGCAUGGGCAGCGACAGCAAACCCGGUGAGGUUGGUCGUCUCUUGACGCUGGAGGAAGUGGGCGAGGUAUUCGGAGUUCCCGUCAACCUCAAGGACCGUGACGCCUUCCACAUCACCAUCGAGGAGUAUCUCCUGGCCCUCAUCUCGGUCAUCGAGGAUCUCAGCCGCCUCGCCAUGAACUCUGUGACGCUGGGCGACACAGAGCUGGCUGUGCAGAUUAGCGGGUUCAUCAAGGAUCUUCACGGCGGGUUCCAGAUGCUCAACUUGAAGAACGACAUUCUGCGCAAGAGGACGGAUUCGGUCAAGUACGCUGUUAAGAAGGUCGAGGAUGUGGUCUAUGACUUGUCUUUGAGAAACCUCAUCCCGACUAAGGAGGCUCAAUAG